CAACUCGUCUGAUUUCCUCGUCUGUGGUCAAAACAAAUAACCUCAAAAACGUGCAAUGCUAAUUGUAAUUCCGUGGUGUUAAUUGUUUUUAAUAGUAAUUUAUCAGAAACCAUGAAAGCUACUAAACGUGUGCAUGAUUUCAAAGCAUUAGAGCUUAAGCUCACAGAAGAUUCAGUGUCACCACAUACUAUCUAUAUCAAAGAACAUGCAGUCAGAGAACAUACGGCGGACAAGCCUUCAGGAAGAACAUUGUUUGUUGUUAACUUGCCUCCUUACGUGGAUGAGAAAGGCAUUACCAAUGCUUUCAAAGACGCUGGCACUCUCCGGUCAGUUCAGAUAGCUACUAAGCCUAACGAUUUGGAUGCCAAAUCUCAAACAAAUAAAUUCAUACAAGAUGAAAAAAAGUCUACAUUCAAAGUAGCAUAUUUGGUAUUUGCCACAGUUUCCCAGCUAGAUAAAGCCUUAAAGUUAACAGAGUUACGUCCUUUAAAUUCCGAUGAUUAUAAAGUAAAACUUGGUAUGAGUAAAUGGGUAGCAGAACACAAUAACUCUGUUGUUAUGUCAAAAACUUUGAAGGAACAAGUUGAGGUGUUUAUGAAGAAACACGAUGAAGCAGCUCGUAAAGCUGAAAAGAAAGAAAAAACCUUGGAAGAGGAAGAUGAUGAGGGCUGGGUGACAGUCACCAAAAGGGGCAAAGUCCAAAGCUUUGCCCGCUCAGAAAAAGUAGAAAACAAAAUAAUGGCAAAGGAAGAGAAAAAUAAGAAAAGAAAAGAAUUGAAAAACUUCUAUACCUUCCAAAUCAGGGAAUCCAAAAUGAAACAUAUUGUAGCUCUCAGACAAAAGUUUGAAGAAGACAAAAAGAAGAUAACACAGAUCAAACAAAGUAGAAGAUUUAAACCUUUCUAAAAUAAAAUUAGUUUUAAGCUUAAA